AUGGAUCACGAUCCUUUCAGAUGGGGUAGACCUAACGAUCAACAUUAUGGUCAAUAUAACAAUGCCAUUGCCAAUGCUGCUAUAAAAUAUAAAGAUGGUAUAGUGAUUGCAGCUGAUAAUUUAGGUUCAUAUGGUUCUUUAGCAAGAUUUACUGAUGUUGAAAGAUUAUUCCCAACUGGUGAUAAUGCAGUUGUUGGUAUUAGUGGUGAUAUAUCAGAUUUACAAUAUGUUAGUAGAUUAUUAGAUGAUUUAGAAAUUGAACAUAAUUAUGAUUCUGAUGGUCAUCAGUUAAAAGCUUCUCAUAUACAUGAAUAUUUACAAAAAGUUUUCUAUCAUAGAAGAUCCAAGAUGGAUCCUUUAUGGAAUUCUGUUAUUGUUGCUGGAUUAGAUGAUGAUAAACCAUUUUUAAAAUAUGUUGAUUUAUUAGGUGUUACAUAUUCUGCUCCAACUUUAGCUACAGGUUUUGGUGCAUAUUUAGCUGUUCCAUUAUUAAGAAAAGUUGUUGAUAAAGAAGAAGAUGUUGCAAAUGUUGAUGAAGAAACUGCAACUAAUGCAAUUAGAGAAUGUAUGAAAGUUUUAUAUUAUAGAGAUGCAAGAUCUUUAGAUAAAUAUACUUUAGUUACAAUUUCUAAAACUAAUGGUGUUAAAGUUGAAAAAAAUCAACAAUCAAAAGAACAAAGUUGGAGAUUUGCUAAAGAUAUUAAAGGUUAUGGCACACAAGUUGUAUAG